GCUCAACCCAGACCUCCCGCUCAGGCCGGGCUGCUCUGCCCCCAGCGGUCGGAGGCCAGGCAGCCGCGUCUGAAACUCACGGACUUGAUGGCUCCCCGUGACAGAUGGAGGGGAUCAUGGAAAGGGGGGCAUGAGGAGUUGCCUUGGCCGGGAUUUCAGGGGGCUCGGAAGGCUCCCGCCUUUGCCAAGAAACUCUCCUCUCCUUCCAGGCGCUUCCUCCCCUCUCUCAAAUACACGCCGGCCCACCACGAAAGGUUCCUUCCCUGGGUGAAGGGCCGGCCUCUCUCGAACUACCAUUUCCUUGUAGCGAAGACGCAUGUCACGCUGCCAGCUGUUUGUCCUUUACCGCGAGUUGUCAGGACCUCCUCUGGGACCCUCCAAGAAACAGUUACCAGAAGCCAUGACAUGUCCCUGCAGCCGGAGGCCUUCCAGGGAGGGCCGAAGAGGCCUCCGGGGUCCAGCGUUACGUGCGGACGAAGGAAGGACCUGAAAACCAGAAGGGACUUUUUGGAUGAGGCCACAGGAGAAAGAUUGGACCCCAGCUCAAGGAAGGAGGCAAAAAAACUCAAAGGGGAGGCACCAUCCAAUACCCCACAGGCCUCAGUUGGAAACGACAAGAAGCUUCCAGGUCAGACGCCAUCACCUGGUCUCCUGGAGGAGGUUUCAGUCCUGCCGAAGUCACACAGCCUCUUCACCCACUUUUGAGCUAGUCCCAAGAGAGCCCCUCCUUCACCAGACUCUUGGUGUGUGAUGCCAUGACGCGUGCUCAUGGCCGACCCCAUUCCAUAUUGACCUGCUUUUCAAUCCCAGGCUAAGGCUGCAUUCUCGUCGUUGUCUCGAUACCUCUUCCUCGUGUGCUCCUAGAGGGCAAGACACUGUUUCUCAUGCAUUUCUGGAUCCCUGGAGAUUAGUUUAGUGCUUGGUAUGCAUGCCCAGCACAUCCUUUUUUUGGAUAAAAUUAUUUCAAAAUGG